AUGGCAAAAGAAGAAGGGAUUUGCAACCUGCAGCAUCAGUGCCAAGAGUUGGUUCUGAAAGACACUCCGCAUUCUCACAACUUGGCUGCUUCUACCAGCUUUCUGGAGUGGAUCCAAGGGAAAACUGAGGCUGCUAUCAAAAACUUCAGUCCCCACUACAGUCGUCAGUACUCUGUGGCCUUCUGUAACCACGUGCGCAGUGAAGUGGAGCAGCACAGAGACUUCACCUCGCAGUUGUUGAAGACCAAGCCACCCUUGGAGCCCGGAACUGUCUUGUACGAAGCGGAGCUGUCACAGUUUGCUGAAGACAUAAAGAAAUGGAGGGACAGAUACAUUGUGGUUAAAAACGAUUUUGCUGUGGAGAGCUAUGAGAACAAAGAGGCCUAUCAGAAAGGAGCUGCUCCUAAAAGCCGGAUUCUCCCAGCUGGUGGCAAGGUGCUCACCUCAGAAGAUGAAUACAACCUGCUAUCCGACAGGCACUUCCCAGACCCUGUGGCCUCCAACGAGAAGGAGAACGCUCAGCCCUUUGUGGUCCUGCCAAAGGAAUUCCCGGUAUACCUGUGGCAGCCAUUCCUCCGACACGGCUACUACUGCUUCUCCGAGGAGGCCGAGCAGAGGAAGUUCGGGGCCCUGCUGAAUGACUGCAUCAGGCACCUGAACCACGAUUAUAUGAAGCAGACGACGUUUGAAGCCCAAGCAUUUUUAGAGGCUGUGCAAUUCUUCCGGCAGGAGAAGGGUCACUAUGGCUCCUGGGACAUGAUCACUGGAGAUGAAAUCCAGGUGCUGAGUAACCUGGUGAUGGAGGAGCUCCUGCCCACCCUGCAGACUGACCUGCUGCCCAAGAUGAAGGGGAAGAAGAACGACAGGAAGAGGGCCUGGCUCAGUCUUCUGGAGGAGGCCUACAACCUGGUUCAGCAUCAAGUUUCAGAAGGAUUAAGUACCUUGAAGGAGGAGUGCAGAACGCUGACAAAGGGCCUGGAAGGGACCAUCCGGUCAGACAUGGAUCAGAUUGUGAACUCAAAGAACUUUUUAAUUGGAAAGAUCAAAGCAAUGGUGGCCCAGCCAGCAGAGAAAAGCUGCAUGGAGAGUGUGCAGCCCUUCCUGGCGUCCAUUCUGGAGGAGCUCAUGGGGCCGGUGAGCUCCGGCUUCAGUGAAGUACGCUCACUCUUUGAAAAAGAAGUGGAUGAGCUCAGCCAGAGCUUCCAGACCACCAAGGACUGUGUCCAGCUGAAGGAGCAUCUAGGCCGGCUUCUGAGUCUCCCGCUGGAUUCUGUGAAGAUGGAGCCUUGUUACGUGAAAGUCGACCUGCUUCAAGAACGCCUGCAGGAUCUCAAGAGCCGCUUCCGCUUCCCCCACGUGGACCUGGUGGUUCAGAGGACACAGAACUACAUGCAAGAGCUGAUGGAGAAUGCAGUAUUCACUUUUGAGCAGCUGCUUUCUCCACAUCUCCAAGGAGAAGCCUCCAAAACCGCAGUGGCCAUUGAGAAGGUUAAGCUUCGAGUGUUAAAGCAAUAUGAUUACGACAGCAGCACCAUUCGGAAGAAGAUAUUCCAAGAAGCACUGGUUCAAAUCACACUUCCCACCGUGCAGAAGGCCCUGGCGUCCACGUGCAAACCAGAGCUUCAGAAAUACGAGCAGUUCAUCUUCGCCGACCAUACCAGCGUGAUCCAGGUUGAAAAUGUGUAUGAAGAGCUUUUACAUCAGAUCCUCCUAGAUGAAACUCUGAAAGUGAUAAAAGAAGCUGCUAUCCUGAAGAAACACAACUUAUUCGAAGACAACAUGGCCUUGCCCAGUGAAAGCGUGUCCAGCCUAACAGAUCUGAAGACCCCCACAGGGUCAAAUCAGGCCAGCCCUGCCAGGAGGGCCUCUGCUGCUCUGCCUUCAGUGCCGGAUGGCGAGACCCCUGGCAGUGAAGUUUUCCAGGACUUGGAAGAAAAGCAGCAGCUCAGAGUCCCUGGCUCCUGGCCCAAAGGAGACAGCCUCUCUGUCCCCGCGCCCAGCCCUCCCCUAGGUGGAGCUGGCCAGGUGAUUGCUUCCGAUGCGGAGGACCCUGUUGUGGAUCCUGUGGCUGCAGAGGACACAGCAGGACCCCUGGGCAACUGCUCAUCGGAGCCACAGUUUGGAGGGACCCCUAAGGAGGAGGAACCCACCCAUGAAAAGCCAGAAUCUGCCUCCUCCUUAGGCUCCUUGGAUGAGCUCAGAAAGCUGUUGACGGUGACAGUUGAAGUCCCAGUGGAGUCUGCUCCAGGGGGUGAUAAGGAUGCAAAUGAGGAGACCUUUGUUUCCCCAGAAAGUGAAAAAGAAGAAGAAAAAAUCCAGACCCACACAGAGGCCAAGUGGCCAGCCGUCCCCUGUCCAGACAACUGCGAAGGAAGCAAAGUCAGUGAGAGGAAGGCCAGUCCUCCCCCAGCAGAGCCCGAGGCCCCUGGGGUGGAGUUGGGGGGCUUACCAGAGGCCAGCAGCCCUGCUUCUCAGCCAGCCUGGGGAGCGCUCCCUGAGGGGGCCCUGGAGGAGCCAGCAGAGGCUGGGGAGCCCCCUGAGGCAGAGCCCACAGGGAAGGCUUCCAACUCGGACGCCUCCGAGGGUGCUGGCGAGGGAGAGGCCGGGCCUCCAGAAGAUUGUAUGUUAGGUUCCGGCCCUGUCUGUCCCAGCGAGAGCCAGGUUUCAGAGGAACAAGAAGCCAUGAGAGAAGGGAACAGUGGGGCCCAGGCCAUGGCUGACGUGGACAUGGAGGAGACCAAGGAGGCCCGGGUUUAUCAGUGUCAGUGGGUGGUGGAGGAUGCUCCCAGCACCGAUGUCCUUGGCUCGCAUGCAGAUGACAGCCCUGUACACGUGUGUGACAGUGGUCAGGAGAGUUCCCCUGGGCAGCCCUUAGAGGAAUGAAAGGGACACUGGGCAAAAGUCACAGGGUUAUAGUUAUGGGUACACUUUGGAGUUGCAUAUGAAUUAUUACACCCCCCAAAAUUAAGUUUUUGCCUAAUGCGAAUCAUAAAACCAGAGGAAAUGCAUACAGGGUGUGAGCACAGGGGCAUACUUUGGUGGAAUUGUACUGUUCUACCACAAAUCACCGCUUCAGCAUUUUAGCAGGAAUUGCGAAGGCAGCGGGGUGUUGGGUGAGGGGCAGCGGCGGGUGUCCCGGGGAGGGAGUGGAUGGCAGCGAAGGUGACAGCACAGCGGGAGCAAAGCUUUCGGCACCCCUGCGCGCUUCGCGGGCUCAUCUUCUGGCGCACUUUAAGGCUUUUUAAUUGUUCUGUAAAGAUGCAAGCGUGUACUUUAAAUCCAGCCUCACCAUCUACUUGACCAAUUUUGUCCUCUCCGGAGGAGUCGGCACUCGCCCACAGGCAGGCUGUAAGAAAGGAGGGCUUGAUCUCUGUCGCCCUUGCUGGGCGAAGCCCCAGGAAACCUGUCCUGACGGGUCCCGAGGGAGCCCGAGCAGAAACGAGAGCAAGGUUGGGGGCUGUGGGACGUUCUGGGCCUGGUACAAUUCCACCACCAGCUCCCUGUUAAUGAAUCUUACUGAUACUUACUAGUUAAUCACCUAUUAAGAAAGUUCAGAUGAAGUAAGAAAGUGUCGUUGGCAUGUGGAAGCCUGAAAGCCAUCCAGGUUAGCCUUAGACUGUGCGGAGGGUCCUGGGAAAACGACAGCUCGAAGCCUCCCAAUGAAACAAGCAGUAUUUGAACUGUUACUGCAUGCUAUGCACGUGUCUGCCUUAGCAAGAAAGAAAGUGUACUUCAUCUCAUGUAAGUUUAAAGACCCAAGGGGAUUUCAUCUAGAACUUAAAAACAUACUACUUUUUUUACUUAGGACUGUUUAGGUCAUUCCAGAA